UCUUCUCUUUAUCCUUCACACAUAACACUCACCCUUUUUUCUUAACAGACGAACUAAAACCACCAAACUCUUAAAUUUAUAUAUAAAAAAAAAGAAAAUUAAAAAAAGAAAUUCAUUUUCUCUCUCCUCCAUGAAAAUUCAGUCCAACCGCUUCACCUUUCACUGAGAAAUAAUGGCAGGAGAUUCGUGUGAGGAUGAAAUUGAGGUUUGAAUAUUCAUAAUAAUUUUCCUUUUUUUUCCAGAAAAUUAAAACCCUAAAUAUUGUGCUAAGAGUAAGAAUUUUGUACUUUUUUUUUCACUUACUUAGCAUAGAUUACAAGUUAUUCUUUGCUUUUUCUCGCAAAUCUAAGCUUAAUCGUUGUUGGAAUUCGUGAGAAAAUGGCGCUGAAGCGCGAUUAGAAGAUAAUCAUCAUCAAUUGAGAAUUUUCCAGCUGAAAUUCGUGAUUUGAGGUGAUAAAAUGACAAAAAUGGAGUUCCAAGGAAUAUAAAACAGCAAAACUUCAUCAAAGUUAGUGUAAAAUUGAGCAAAAACAAAGAAGAGAAAAAAGAGGAGAGAGAAAAUUGGUGGUUUGAUCAUGCCAUUAUCGAUGAAGAUUCAACCAAUUGAUGCAGGAGAAGCUGAAAUUCCGGUGAGUGAGCCGAUAACUAAACCGCCGGUAGUUAAGUCACGGCUUAAACGGCUUUUCAGGAUCUCCGUUUCCGAGCCGACAGCUCCUAUUACGGCGGCUUCAGUCGACUUAUUUGAGCCGAGUUCUCUUUGUUUAGCUAAAAUGGUGCAGAAUUUCAUUGAAGAAAGUAACGAGAAACCUUCGCAAUCAUCUGCGAUUAGGUGCGGGAGAAACCGCUGUAACUGCUUCAAUGGCAAUGGCAGCGAUGGUUCCGAUGGCGAUUCUGAUAACACUGUUUCAUCUGCAGAUGUUUGCGACUUUCUUAAGAGUUUGGUUGUGUGUGCGAGUAUGAAUGAGAGGAAUGUGUUGGCUGAUACUGCAAAAAUUGUUGCGGAAAAGAAGACAUGCAAGAGAAAAGAUGAGCUUAGGAAGGUUGUGAUUGAAGGAUUAAUGGCGCUUGGUUAUGAUGCUGCAAUUUGUAAAUCAAAAUGGGAGAAAUCUCCUUCUUUUCCAGCUGGGGAAUAUGAGUAUGUGGAUGUGAUUGUAGGAGGAGAGAGACUGAUAAUCGACAUAGACUUCAGGUCAGAAUUCGAGGUUGCAAGAUCAACUAAAACCUACAAAUCCAUCCUUCAAACUCUCCCUCAUAUAUUUGUGGGAAAAUCUGAUCGUCUUUCCAAGAUCAUCUGUAUACUAUCUGAGGCAGCUAAACAAAGCCUUAAGAAGAAGGGCUUGCACAUCCCUCCUUGGAGAAAAGCUGAUUAUGUCCAAGCCAAAUGGCUCUCUCCUUCGACUCGAAUCGUCGCCGCCUCAGUCACUGCCACGCCUCCCCCAAGCCCCCUCUCCCCAGUGAGGUCCAUGAUUGGUUCAGACGGGUUAAGCCCUGAUAAGGGUUUGUCCCAUGACCAUCACCAGACUGAGGAGUCUGAAUUGAGCCGUAGCUCACCCCCAUCGGAGGCGGUUUUCGAAAUGUCCGAAAGCUCUGGUGAGGAGGAUGUCAAGGAGAAACAGACUAAUCCAAAGAAGGGGUUUGAAGUUGGGGUUAAAAUGAUCACUGGCCUAACUUCUAUCAUGGAGGAGAAAUCAUAGAAGAAGAAAUUUUGAUCCUUUUUUUUUCAUUUUUUUUGUCCUUUUUUGGUCCCAAUUUUCUUUUUUGAGGGAGUUAGUUUUUGGUAACUACUACUACUACUAAGAAGCAAAAGUUUAUAGAGGGUGUUAUGUUAAUUACUUUCUUACUACUACUAGUAGUAUUACUACAUCAUAAGUGAUUUCCAUGGGUGGGUGGUAGCUUUUAACCUCUAGCUCUCUAUCCCUUCACUCCCUUCUGGUUUUUUGUUGUAAGGGUUAUUAUAUUACAAUCUACCUACUACUGAUAUAAACCAUAUCAAUAAUAUACAAGAAGCAGCAAAUAUUGUUACAUAGUGUAACUCUUUUUCUAUGUCAUAUAUAUUAUCUCUAAUGUUUGAUUACA